CAUUCCUCUGUGUGGGUGGUGCGGCUGCAGGUAUUUGUGGGGGUCCCGCAUUCCUCUGUGUGGGUGGUGCGGCUGCAGGUAUUUGUGGGGGUCCUGCAUUCCUCUGUGUGGGUGGUGCGGCUGCAGGUAUUUGUGGGGGUCCCGCAUUCCUCUGUGUGGGUGGUGCGGCUGCAGGUAUUUGUGGGGGUCCCGCAUUCCUCUGUGUGGGUGGUGCGGCUGCAGGUAUUUGUGGGGGUCCCGCAUUCCUCUGUGUGGGUGGUGCGGCUGCAGGUAUUUGUGGGGGUCCCGCAUUCCUCUGUGUGGGUGGUGCGGCUGCAGGUAUUUGUGGGGGGUCCCGCAUUCCUCUGUGUGGGUGGUGCGGCUGCAGGUAUUUGUGGGGGUCCCGCAUUCCUCUGUGUGGGUGGUGCGGCUGCAGGUAUUUGUGGGGGUCCCGCAUUCCUCUGUGUGGGUGGUGCGGCUGCAGGUAUUUGUGGGGGUCCCGCAUUCCUCUGUGUGGGUGGUGCGGCUGCAGGUAUUUGUGGGGGUCCCCGC